CGCGCAGCUGCGUAAGCGAUCUGGACAACAAACCAAGCUCCGCCCACUGCCGACCACCCCACGACGAAAACAAACCGCUUCGUUCAACAGUCUAAAGAAGUUUCGCAGACAAACACAAAGCAGGACGUCUCCUCCUGUCCUGUGCGCUCACGUGUCUGCACGUCUCUGACUGACUGAGCAGUGAAGCAUCAUGACCGGACGGCGCGUGGCGGUGAUCGGAGCGGGGAGCUCGGGCCUGGUCUGCAUCAAGUGCUGCCUGGAUGAAGGGCUGGAGCCCGUCUGCUUCGAGAGCAGUGAUGACUUCGGUGGACUGUGGAGGUUUAAGGAGAAACCUGAACAGGACAGGGCCAGCAUCUAUCCCUCAGUCAUCAUCAACACCUCCAAAGAGAUGAUGUCCUUCAGCGACUUCCCCAUUCCCGCCCACUUCCCUAACUUCAUGCACAACUCUCUCAUCAUGGACUACUACCGAAUGUAUGCCGACCAUUUCGGGCUCACCAAGCACAUACGCUUCCAUACCAAAGUUUUGCUGGUGAAGCAGAAGUCAGAUUUUUCUCAUUCAGGCCAGUGGAACGUUGAAACAGAGAGCAAGGAUGGGAAAAGGGAAAAACACAUAUUUGAUGCUGUGAUGAUUUGCAUUGGACAUCACUGCCAGCCCCACCUUCCUCUUCAUGACUUCCCAGGAAUUGAAACUUUCAAAGGGGAGUACUUCCACAGCAGAGACUACAAGACCCCAGAGGAGUGGAGGAACAAGAAGGUUGUAGUGGUUGGAAUUGGCAACUCUGGAGGAGAUAUAGCAGUUGAACUGAGCAGAGUCGCCAAGCAGGUCUACCUGAGUACUAGAAGAGGAGCCUGGGUUUUAAACAGAGUUGGAGACAAUGGAAUCCCGCUGGACUUGACACUCAACAGAGUUUUGAACUUGUUGGCUAAAAUUCUUCCAUAUGGUUUUGUCUGUUCCACGGCAGAAGGCCGGCUCAACCAAAGAUUUGAUCAUGCUCUGUACAACCUAAAGCCAAAGCACAGGUUGUUCAGCCAGCAUCCCCUUGUGAAUGAUGACCUUCCCAACCGUAUCCUGUCUGGAACCAUUCAAGUCAAGCCCAAUGUGCGCAGAAUACAAGGAUCCAGUGUGGAGUUUGAUGAUGGGAGUGUUGUGGAAGACGUAGACCUCGUGGUGUUUGCCACUGGUUACAAGUUUUCCUUUCCUUUCCUGACGUCUCAAGUGGUCUCUGUGACUGAGAACAAGGCGUCGCUUUACAAGUAUGUGUUUCCGCCUGAGCUGGACCGCCACACGCUGGCUGUUAUCGGUCUCGUGCAGCCUCUGGGCGCCAUCAUGCCCAUCUCUGAGAUGCAGGCGAGAUGGGCCACGCGGGUCUUUAAAGGUUGCACAAAGCUUCCUUCAGUGUCUGCAAUGAUGAAAGAUGUCGAGUCCAAGCAGGAAGAAAUGCAGAAAAGGUACUUCAAGAGCCAAAGGCACACCAUCCAGGUCGACUACAUCAGCUACAUGGAUGAGAUCGCAGAGAUGUUGGGGGUGAAGCCCAACCUCACAAAGCUGAUGGUCACCGACCCCAGGCUGUGGUUGAGUGUGUUAUUUGGCCCCUGCACCCCUUACCAGUAUCGUCUCAGAGGGCCGGGGAAGUGGGCGGGAGCUCGCCAGGCCAUUCUUACCCAGUGGGAGAGGGUAGUCAGACCAAUGCAGACUCGGCCAUGUGAUGAGCCUAAAUCCAAGAGUUCAUCAAAGUGGCCUGUGAUUCUGGCUGCUGCUGCCCUGGGGUUGGCUGGAUACGUCUACAGGGCCAGCCUUCAUGAUUUUCUUCAGGAUCCAUUCGCCUCAUUGGAGAGGAUCAAAGUGUAUUUGCCCGUACCCUCGUUCAGAGUUUAAUGAACAUCAAUUUUGGCAAAGAUUCACAACAGGCUAUAAAAAAUUAAUCAAUGUUAGUAAUUAUAAAAUAAUUGCAGCAGCACUUCACUCAGGUUGUCUAAUUGUCUGAUUUGUGUUUUGUUAAUUUUAAGCUCUUCUAUUUGUAAGGAUCAUAUCUUUCAGUUCAUUUAAAUCUAGCCUUUUAUUGUCAAUAUUCAUCUUUCAAAUUCAUUCCCAGAAAAUGCUUGUCUGCUUGCUAGAACAUUAAAAAGUACAUUUUCAGAGCUUUUAUACCUUUUAGACCCUGUCGAUAGGAGAAGAAGAAGCUUUAGGUGGAGGAGGAAGAGGUGAACUGCUAUUCUUUCAUUUGUCUUUUCAUUAAUGUAUAUGCCAUAAUUACAAAAUAUACACCUGUAUUUUAUUCUGCACUGGAGCUUUUUAAUAAUGCAUUUCUACAUAAUGAAAAAUGUUUAAGCGUUUUUAUUUGACAAAAUCUGGGAAGCAGAAAAGUGAAUAACAUUUUUUUCACUUAAGCUAUAUUAAUAAACUUUUUAUUGUGUGGAAAAA